AUGUAUUCCCUCAAGAACAUUGUGGUUGUAGGAAGUGGUGGUGGUGGUGGUGUCCCUCUGGUCCAAACCUUACAAAAGCAAAUUAACCCGGACACUCAUCGCAUCGUUGUCAUUGAGAGACGGGAUUACUACUAUGCUCACUGGCCUGCCCUUAUUCGCGCUGCAGUUACCGAUGAGGGUGACCUCCACGAACGUGCACUUAUCCUCAAUAGUCAUGCGUUUGACUCCACAGUUCAGACUAUCCGGUCAGGCGUCAAACAAAUCACUGAUACCGAUGUAAUUAUUGAAUCUGGUGAAGCGAUUCCAUACGAACAUCUAGUCCUCGCCAUGGGGAGCAACUGGACUGGCCCACUCAACCUUCCAUCGUCAAAAGAAAAGGCGAUCGAGCACUUCGAAUCAUUUAAGAGUGAAUUAAGCACCGCUGACAAUACACUUAUUGUGGGAGGAGGCUCCGUUGGAAUAGAAUAUGCAGGGGAGAUACGCCACUACCACCCUGAGAAAAAAGUUACUCUUAUUCAUGGGGGGGAAGAACUGAUGAAUGACACCUAUGUGACCAAAUUCCGUCAAUCAGUUCUUGAUGCCAUGAUUAGCACGGGUGUUGAAGUUAUUCUAGAGGAUAGAAUACCCCCACAAGCUACUCUUAUAGAUGGGUUUAUGACGUCUGAAAAUGGCCGGAGGAUUCCUGCGGACUUAGUGAUAUUGGCAGCUGGUGGUCGUCCCAAUACUUCGAUUGUGAGGGCAUUUGAUCCGAGCGCUGUCACCGAGAGUGGUACUGUCUUGGUCACGCCCGAAUUACAAGUAAACCUUUCAUCUGGCGCGCGGAAUGUGUGGGCGAUUGGAGACAUAAUCGAAUGGCCAGAGCAAAAGAUGGUACUCAAAGCUAGUUCAGGCCAUGCUCCCGUCUUGGCGAAGAAUAUUAUCGCCAGUAUUUGGGGUAGUAAACCAUCCCCGUAUGGUGGCAAGACCGAGAUGAUAUUCGUGACAAUUGGCCCCAAUGGAGGUCGAGGACUAGUACCCCUGUUUGGUGGGGUUGUUGUUGGUGAUUGGAUAAUCAGCACUAUGAAAUCUUCGGGACUUUUCGCAGACAGAACGCGUACUGCUCUUGGUUGUUAA